GCUUGAUAUGCCGCAUUUACCGAGCAAGUGUUUCUUUCACAUGCCCGAGGCCUUAGGGUCCAUGUCUACCAGUGACCGCAUCAUAUGCCGAAAGCCUCACGCGAGCUUUGCACACUGCCUUCGCCUGUAUCACCUCUGUAGUAUACUCCAGUGGUCUUUGCAAUAGCUUGUAACGUGCUACCAAAGUCUCGACGCGUCUUCCAACUCGACCGCUGAUGACGUUGUUCAUGUGCUGCUAAUUAACGUUACUGCAUGGCAGCACUAGACACGCCCUGGCUAGAGCAUAUGUCCAGCCCUUCAAAGCCCUCCAACGAUGCGUCGCCGCAGCCCCCCGGCGACCCGAAUCCGCCAACCUAUGCCACCUUCUCGCCCUCUAGCAUAGGGCAAGUAACGCCGCAAACGAAGCUCCGCUCUGCUAUACUCGUGCACCAGAAGUCGCCUCUGCUCGCUGCCACGCCACCGCAAGUCACGCGCGUGCUCGCGUACUCGCAUCCGUUCUUGUUGCCUUUGAACAAACUCGCCGGACUGUUAACAUGGACCACCGGGGACUCAUGGGAGAGCUUCAUACUGGUUGCCAGCUUCUGGGCGGCUGUCAUGUAUGGUGACGCCAUCACACGAUACGCUGGGCCCAUCAUCGUUGUGUCGAGCCUGAUCCUAGGCAUGUACGCGCGCAGAUACUCACCGUUGUCAUCGACAGGGUGGACUGGGGAGAAGGGCCAGAAGGGGCAUAAGCGGGCAGAGUCUGACAGCAACAUCAAACACCACAAGAGUCUGGAGGAGAUUGUGGAAGAUCUGAAGCUGUUUACGUCACGCUGUAACAUACUAUUGGACCCAUUCUUGCGGUUGACGGACUUUCUAUCAACACAGCGCACGGCAACGUCAGCGACCACACGUCCAGCACUCACUGUACUGUUCAUUCGCAUUAUUUUCGUCCUGCCGCUCUGGGUCGCCCUCACACUGCCUCCCCUGUACAUCCUGACAACAAAGCGGGUGGUGUUAGCCGUUGGCACUGUGGUCUUGAGUUGGCACUCGCGUCCUGCACGCGUGACCCGUACCUUACUCUGGCGCUCACGUACGGUCCGUCGAAUCUGCGUAUUUGUCACUGGCCUUGACUUCGGCGACGCUCCCAACUCCAAAGGCCAGCAACCGCCACCCCUCCCACCAAGAAAGAAGAGCACACAGGAAGUUGCUGCGUCACUUGCGGCUAAGCGUCGCCCUGAAUCAACUGGCGUCCGCUUCACGUUCUCAAUCUAUGAGAACCAACGCCGAUGGCUGGGUAUUGGCUGGACAUCCUCGAUGCUAGCAUACGAACGCGCAUCUUGGACAGACGAACACAUGAAUCCCGUCCCCGACAAGGAACGCUUCGAACUCCCCGAAGUCGAGGGCGGCGCCUCACGCUGGCGAUGGGUCCAAGGUAGCUCCUGGGCCAUCGAGACCGGCGACUCGGACACCAAAGUGCCCAAAGGCGCAAGCAAGGAGGAAAUGGGCUGGAUAUACUACGACAACAAGUGGCGCGACGGUCGCAGAGGCCAGGAUGGCUGGGGCCGUUACACGCGCCGCCGCAAAUGGUACCGCGACGCCGAACUCGUCGAAUCGACGCCCAGCACGGACACUACACCCGCGCCCACGCCGCGCGCCAACCCGAUGCAACCUUCCUUCCCAGACCCGAAUCACCUCACCAAGCUGUCCUCCAACACGUCCACGGCCUCGAGCCGCGACCCGACGCUCGUGUCCAGCGAGUACGCGGCCAGCGUAGCAUCGGAGCGGAGCGAGGUCGGCGACGGCGAAGACGCGCAGAGCACGCAGAGCAAGCGCAGCUGGUUCAAGAAGAAGAAUCGAACGAAGAGCAACGCAGGGAGUGUGGGAAAGGAGACGGUGGGCAGCGGCGGGACAGACGGUGGCCGGGAGCGGAACGAGGACGACGUCAUGACGCCGCUUGAGCGGACGGCGAGGGAGGAUGAGUGGAGGCUCGGUGAUGAUAUUAGGCAACAUCUGGAUAUUUGAGAUGGCUGCGUGAUGCACAUAUAGAGUAACAACAUGCGUGAAUUCGAUGAAUCAAGCUUUGGUUAUUGUCGUUAGUGAAG